AUGGGAGGAGGAAACCCCGUGAAUGUGCUCGCGGGGCGCAGGGGCAGCGCGGCCGCGGAGCGGGCUGCGCGCGCCGACGGGCCCUGCGCGGCCGGCACCUCCCAGGCGCGGCACGUCGCGAAGGAGCCGCCGCUGCCCAUGUCCGCGGCCAUCGAGAGGAAGAGCCUCGACCCCGCCGAGGAGCCCGUGGACGAGGUGCUCCAGAUCCCGCCGUCGCUGCUGACAUGCGGCGGCUGCCAGCAGAGCAUCGGCGACCGCUACUUCCUGAAGGCCAUCGACCAGUACUGGCACGAGGACUGCCUCAGCUGCGACCUGUGCGGCUGCCGCCUCGGCGAGGUGGGCAGGCGCCUCUACUACAAGCUGGGCAGGAAGCUCUGCAGAAGGGACUAUCUCAGGCUCUUUGGCCAAGAUGGCCUCUGUGCCUCCUGCGACAAGCGAAUCCGGGCUUACGAGAUGACCAUGCGAGUGAAGGACAAAGUUUAUCACCUCGAAUGCUUCAAAUGCGCUGCCUGCCAGAAGCACUUCUGUGUUGGGGACAGAUACCUCCUCAUCAACUCAGACAUAGUAUGUGAACAGGACAUCUAUGAGUGGACUAAGAUAAAUGGGAUGAUAUAGCAAAGAACAUGCCUCGUAGUCUCUAGAAGGCAUCCCACGGGUGACCCAGAUGCAUAGCUGCAGCGAGGAGAUGAUAAGCACUUGAGCUAUGCGCCUUGUUUCAAGUGGGGGAAAUACCACAAAGUAGGCCCUUUUCAGGCAGCACUACGUAGAAUUUAAACUACAUGUAAGUGAAGAAAGAAGACUGAAGCAAUAGUAGAUAGACUGACUUCUGUUUAAAAAAAAAAAAAGGCGUAUUGACAAUAACUGACACCAGCCCUGUAGGCAAGAGUUGAAGAACAAACACAACAUGAUAAUGAAUUCUCGAAAUAACAGUAGUGACUGGUAUAAAGAGAUGUUAUGACUGUCACCUGCAGACUAGGAUUGUGCAACUGGUUUUUCAUCUUUUUUUAGCUACUCGAUUUAGACAAUAGCUCCUAAUGUAGACACGAAGAAGGAUACUGGGGAAAAAAAAGGCCAGUCAUUGAUAUGGUCAUUCAACAAGGCCUUAUACUUUGGAUAGGAGAGAAAGCAGGAGGAUGGUAGGGGUUAUUUU